UCUAAAUUUUAGUCUUAAUCUGUGGAUUCCAAAAUCACAUCUUGUGCCGUCAUCCCCGCCGUCCGCCGUCGACGGGGGCGAGGAAGGAGCUCCCUGCCCUCCGCGCCCUUCAGCGUCCUUCGUGCCCUUCCAGGUCCGUGUUCUCCGUCUCCACUUGAAGGGCGCGCUCGAGCUCGAGCUCCAUGCGCUGGAGCUCCACGGCGGACACGGGCUGGAGCUCCACGGCGGGCACGGGCUGGAGCUUGACGGCGGCCACGCGCAGGAACUCCGUCACGGCCUUCACACCUAGAGCUAACUCCUCGGGCCCCGCUCCAAGUCCGGCCUCCCUCCAACUCUGGCCCCGCUCCAACUCCGGCCCUGCUCGAGCUCGCCGCCGUCGCGCAUCCUCAGGCUUCCCAGAGGCUUCAACAACGUCAUGCUGAAAUACAGAUCAUCCACGAGCCGUUUCCCCUCGCGCUGGGCUUUUGUUUUGCCCGGCCAUCGUGGUCCUCCGCUCGCCUCUGCCGGAGUGACCAAAAACCAGCGGCGCGGCCACUGAAGUGUCUCCUAGUCUGAGCACUUGUUUGAUUUUCCCCUGCGCCGGUGUAGGUCGCUGCUGGUGCUCCACCCCUGUUAAAGAUUCUGAGAAUGAAUAAAUUGUUCAAGAAAUCCAUAGUUUAUGACACUUCAAGGCAUCCCACUCAAGAUUCAGAGAAACUACACACACUUGUACCUACUACAGCAUCAGGCAAUAGCAAGAGAAUGAGAAUGUUGGAAGUACGAGAGAACAAGAGAAGUCUCAAAAUUGAUGAGCAAAUAGUGCUCUCCAAUGCCUAUUUGUUGGAGGAAAUUGCUGGCGGCAAACUACAUCAGAUUGUUUCCAGGAGGAAGAAACUACCCCUUGAAGCAUUGGAUGUGUGGAAAUAUAACCGGAUGCGCAAAAAUGAUAUCUUCUCGGAACCUUUGGUACACGGCAUGUGUACUGAUCUACAUGGUACCUACAUGGCUGAAUUCCCUCGGAUGAGAGAACAUACUGAGAUUGAUGAAGCUCGAGAUGGUGUCCAUGAUCAACCUGAUGAAGAGAUGCUAGAGCAGUUGAGAGGCAUGCAUGGUGUACUUGAUCUCAACUUCAGUCCAGCACAGCGGACAGGAAUGCAUGGUGUAGUUGAUCUCAACUUGAGUCCAGCACUGCCGAGAGGAAUGAAUGGUGUACUUGAUCUCAACUUCAGCCCAACACAGAUGAGAGGGUUGGAUGGUGUACUUGAUCUCAACUUAAAUCCAUCAGAACAGAGAGUCUUGGAUGACGUCCCCGAUCGACGCAAUGAAGAGAUGCAAGAGCAGAAGACAGUCUUGGAUGAUGUCCCCGAUCGACCCGAUGAAGAUAUGCAAGAGCAUAAGACAGUCUUGGAUGAUGUCCCCGAUCGACCUGAUGAAGAGAUGCAAGAGCAGCAGAUAGGCUUGGAUGAUGUCCCUGAUCGACCCGAUGAAGAGAUGCAAGAGUAGCAGACAUGCUUGGAUGAUGUCCCCGAUCGACCAGAUGAAGAGAUGCAAGAGCAGCAGACAGGCUUGGAUAGUGUCCCUCGGCAUUCAAAAAAGGAACUGACAACUGAGGAAAGAUAUGGUGCCUAUUUUGCCUUGGAAGUGAUCAAAAGAAGAGAUGGAGGGUUUCAAAGAAAGGAUAAACUACUCAUAGCAAGCAUGUUGAACACAAGCAUACGGACAAUUGGGAGGAUUUGGACAACAGCCCAGGAGCAGAUUGAAAAAGGGCUAAGAGUUGAUGUAUCAAACCAAAGGAAGGGACAUGUUGGACGUAAGAGAUAAGAUUUGGAACUCUCGAGGGUAACAACAAUCCCACUGAAUAAAAGGAGAACGAUUCGAUCUCUAGCAAAGUCUUUGGUUGUUAAGCGCUCAACCUUACACUUAAGGUUUAAGUGGGGAGGGUUGAAGCGACACACUAACAGCCUGAAGCCGUUGCUAACAGAAGGUAACAAGAUCCAGAGAUUAAAAUUCUGCCUCGAUAUGUUCGAUGAGAACUCCCUGACAUCUUCCCAGCCAACAUUCAAGGAUAUGGACAACAUGGUCCACAUAGACGAGAAAUGGUUCAUUAUGACUAGGGAGAGGAACACGUACUAUCUACACCCUCAAGAACCUAAACCUUUGCGCACAGUGAAGAAUAAGAACAACAUUGGAAAAGUGAUGUUCCUAACCGCGGUUCCCAGGCCAAGGUAUGGUAAAGAUGGCUUAGUCACAUUUGAUGGCAAGAUUGGCACAUGGGCGUUUAUUAAGGAAACUCCAGCGGUUAAAAAGAGAAAAAUGGACAAUAGAGAUAAAACCUGUUAAAGUUACCCGAGAUGUCAUGAGGAACUAUCUCUGUGAGCUAGUGAUUCCAGCUAUCCAGGACAAGUGGCCUGACGAGGAUGAAGGAAGAACAAUCUUUAUCCAACAGGAUAAUGCCAAACCUCACGUCCGUCCUCCCUCACGAUGAAGGUUUCCGACAGGUCGUAGCACAAAAACUGAUUUGGACAUUAAAUUGCUGCAGCAACCUCCAAAUAGCCCAGACCUGAAUGUGCUCGAUCUAUGCUUCUUCAGGUCUUUGCAGUCCCUCACUGAUACCAGAGCACCAAACAAUAUUAGGGAGUUGAUACAUGGCGUGGAGGAAGAAUACAGGAACUACGAGGUCAACAAACUGUCUCGAAGCUUCCUCACACUACAAUCAUGCAUGAUUGGGGUAAUGAAUCAAAGAGGAGGGAUAGGAUAUGAUAUACUCCACAUGAAUAAAGAUGAACUUGAGGCACAAGGAAAUCUUGGAAUCGCUCUUAACUAUCUCGGUGAACCUACUUAUAACAACCCGAGACCUCAUACGAGCAGCAGAGGUGGAAACUAAGAAGCACUCACCGCCCCUUCCUACUAGUAAGAACUGCAGCUCCAAAGACAAGGGAAAUAAGGAAUUUUCCAUUUCAUUCAGGAAACCCUCUUUAGUGGGUGUUGGUCUUCGGAAUAUGGGUAACACGUGCUUUUUAAAUGCAAGUCUUCAAUGCAUCAUUCAUACUGUCCCACUUUUUAAGAAGCUCCGCUGCACUAAACACUCCACUCCAUGCUCAUAUGAUCAAGAUGGGUUCUGUUCCUUAUGUGCCCUUAAAGAACUUAUGGAAGAAUCGAUUCAAAGGCCUGGGUUUGCUUUAGUUCCAGCAAGGUUCAAAGACAAUUUAAGCAAAUUAUCUUCACAUUUUAUACCAGGACAACAAGAGGAUGCACAUGAGUUCCUUCGUUGCUUGUUGGAUAAUUUGCAUCAUUGUACCCUUGAUCCCAAAUCAAAGGGGAAGCCCUCAUCUUUUGAUGAGGAAAGUAUUGUCAAGCACGUGUUUGGAGGUCGACUAAAAAGCCGGUUGACAUGUCGCGAUUGUGGUCACUGCUGCGAGACAUUUGAGCCCUUCCUUGAUCUUAGCUUGGAGAUUGACCAGGUCGAUGACCUUAUUGUUGCGCUAGAAUCUUUUACUAAGGUGGAGCAAAUCGGUGAUGUUGAGAACAAGCUAACAUGUGAAAGAUGUAAUGUUGAAGUUUGUAAGGACAAGCGGCUUAUGCUUGAUAAAGUACCUGAUGUUUUGACACUUCAACUGAAGCGCUUCACCACACUUGAUAGUUCAGUUGAAAAGAUUGACAAACAUGUGGCAUACCCAUCAGAACUUGAUUUGAAGCCAUUCCACAGUAAUCCAGAGACGGAGGAGCUGAAAUAUGAUCUUUAUGGUGUCGUUGAACAUUCUGGCUUACCUAACUUUGGCCAUUAUGUGUGCGCCAUUCGUUCUUCACCAAGCAGUUGGCACUUGAUGGAUGACUCGCGUGUUAAUUCCAUUACGAAGACAAGUGCACUACGACAUGAAGCAUAUGUUCUCUUCUAUGUUAGGCAGGGUAUGUUCCCGUGGUUCUCAAGUUUGAUAGACGAAGCUACUAAGACAAAGUCAACAAAGAACAUCUGUCGAAGAUGAAAUCAACAACCCGGAGAGACCCUCAACUCGGAGAACAUCGGACCAUGAUGUGUUUGCCUUUGAGAAAUUAGGUAAGGAUUUAUUUCCACAAUGUAAAAUCGGGUUGGCUUACUAUCUGUUUAACAAUGUAUAAUAUGUAGUAGUAUAGAAUUAUGUAAGGAUUUAUUUUUACAUGUCUCAUUACAAAUGAGGAGGAUACUCGCUUGAUGCCUGUGACUGAACAUCAAAGGAAGGUGAAGAAACCAAAGACUAAAUCUGCGUCAAAAUCUGUGAAAGGCUCUUUCCUAGAUCAGAGUGUAUCAAGGUUGAUGAUGGACAUGCCGUCGGCACGAAGGCAAGGUUUUCUGGACUGCAUUAUCACACAACGCAAUGAGCAUGAGUCCUACAGUGGCCCUCAAAGUGACCAUGCAGUGGCCCAGGAAACAAUAUGCACUAGUCAUGCAUCUGGUGAACUCUCAUGUUGCUUCUUACGUCUAUCCGAUGCACUGGAUGUCAUUGCUUCUCGACACAGAUUGAUAUGUUGAAUGUUCAGAAAAAGUUACUGGAAUAUUAUGAGUCAAAGACCAUUUGUCUGCAAUGUGUGUAAAGCAUCAAUGUGAGCAUGCUUCAUCCAUCAUUUGUGUAAAGCAUCAGUUGUGAAUCAUCCUUGAAUCAGUGAGGGAGACAUUCAGUAUGUCAUCCUUGAAUUCAGCCUGUACACCAUUUGUGCACUAUCUAAAUUCCUCUACCUAUACCUGCAGGUGCUAAGGGCACCUAGGAAACAAA